AGGGUCGUUGAACGGGUACAUUAAUUCGAAUGUCCGACCGAUUAACCCUUAAUCGAGUUACUUGUUCGGUUCGACAUCCGAUCUUCAGAAUAUUUGAUUAUUGAUGGGCCAGUCAAACCAAACUAGACUUGGACUGAAGCCCAAUUCGUUUCUGCAGUUUUGGGCUAGAACAGUUUUAGAUGCAGCUUCGCCUCCCAUUCGGAUCUGGCCGCCUCUCUCCGUCUACCGGACAAUCGCCGGCGGGAUUUUCUUCUUUUAUCACCAUCCAACCUCAGUCCCUCAGAAUGUGCAACUUUGGGCUUGUCUUUCACAUCUGAACUCAGGGAAGAUGAUGCCAGCACCUCCAACCCCUAAGACUGAAAAGUUAGAAGGAUUGUCAAUGCCGGGAACUGGACUUCACAAAACGGUAUUGAUAACCGGGGUGAGCAGGGGGCUUGGUAGAGCACUCGCCUUAGAGUUGGCAAAGCGAGGUCACAACAUUGUCGGCUGCUCCCGUUCUCAGGAUAAGCUCAGUUCUCUUGAAGCCGAGCUCACAUCUGCCUCCACAUCAUCAUCAUCAUUGUCUUCUCAAGGCAAACAUCUAAUCAUGAAUGUUGAUGUGAGGUCAAACAGCAGCGUUGAAGAACUGGCACAUGCGGUUAGGGAAAAGAAAAGCAUUCCAGAUAUUUUAGUUAACAAUGCAGGAACCAUUAAUAGGAACAAUAGGCUAUGGGAGGUACCAGUGGAAGACUUUGAUAAUGUGAUCGAUACAAAUGUGAAAGGAGUAGCAAAUAUGAUGCGUCACUUCAUUCCACUUAUGCUUGACAGGAAGCAGCAAGGUGUUAUUGUUAAUUUGUCUUCUGGAUGGGGAAGAUCGGCUGCUGGACAGGUGGCCCCAUAUUGUGCUUCAAAAUGGGCUAUAGAGGGUCUGACAAGAUCGGUAGCAAAGGAGUUGCCAACUGGACUUGCCAUUGUCGCUCUUAGCCCCGGAGUUGUAAACACCGACAUGCUUCAAUCAUGCUUUGGCACUUCCGCCUCACUCUACCAGACACCCGAAGCCUGGGCUCCAAAAGCAGCAACGAUGAUACUUAACCUUACGGUGGCUGACAAUGGAAUGUCUCUUACUGUUUGAAAGUCGUGCUUUUGCAACACUGUGUUUAGGAAUGGACGCUAUUGUAGUCCGAGAGUCACCCCUUACACUUUAGGCCCUUCAGGGUGAUCUGUGUGUAACCGGAGUAUGUAGUUCUCAUUUUUACUGUUGGUAAACUUUUUGUGUGUGUAGGACUUGGAAAUUGAAUAUUAAGUGCACCCUCAUUUUGUGUGAAUCUUAUUGCAUCAGUAGCCAUUAGCUCUUUGAGACUCACUCUCCAUGGAACUACCUAAUUAGCAAAGAAAACUGGUUGGUGUAA